AUACGAGAGAGACAGAGAGACACGGCACUUGAAUGAGUCUGUGUGUGUUGAGAUAGCUAUGUCGAGCCUUCGCCUCUCCAAAACACUGCAUCCCGGGACGGAGUUAAAACACCAAGCAGGACAGCAGCAAUAGAUCAGAGCUGGAGAAAAAGAGAUGUACAGGCAUGAGGAAAGUGUGACAGAGAAAGCAUGCGUGAGUGAGUGUUAGGAUCUUUCUGCCAGGGAAGAAAAAAAAAACUGUUACACAUAUUACUGGGGGAGUUGCAGUGAGAGAGAGAGAGAGAGAGAGAGAGAGAGAGAGAGAGCAAAAAAAGGAAAGUAGAAGUUAGUGACUCAGAAGUAGUGAGGAAGAUAGUAAUAAACUGAGAGGGAGGAAAGAAGGGGGAGGAAGGUAUAAUUACAGAGAGAGAGAAAGCGAGAGGGUACACACAUUGGAGACACAGGGAAAGAGGGAGAGAGACAGAGAGAGAGAAAGAGUCAGAGAACUGUCUAACCCUGCCCACUUUCUACAAAGCCAUUCAGCUCCGGUGUAACGAGCUGCACUCUGUCAGGUUUCUCCUCUCCAGAGCUCUGCCAUCUCUGGUCUCUACAAGCUCUCUGGACCAAACUGUAACCAGGACCAGGACUAAAAACACAGAAGCUCCAGGACUGUGACGACAGAUUAUUGUUCUCCAGCAUGUUCACACCUUUUGGAUCAGGAUUAAUUUAGCUUUCUAUCCACGUUCACUUUUUUCCCUGAGGGUGGCUGGGCGCUCGUCCCCUCUAGCUGGCAUCUGAUCGCGAGAAGCGGCGGUGCCCACAAUGCCCUCUCUCACCCUGCUGAUGGCUCUGGCACUGCUCCUCUCAGGCUGCCUGUCCGGGCGCUGUUCCCCAACACCCUCAGGAACGCAAGACACGACUCCUUUAGAGAGUGACAGACAGACAGGUUCUCGGGGAUCUGAGCGGCAGGAGGAGGGUGGUCUGUGUCCAUCCUGCGCCCUUGCCCAGUUAGACAGGGAUUCAGAGCCUGGCAUGGUUGAGGCGGUGAAGAGGCACAUCUUGAACAUGCUGCACCUGAGUGCACCGCCCAACAUUAGUCAUCCGGUGCCCCGCGCUGCCCUGCUGAAUGCCCUGCGCAAGCUUCAUGUGGGCCAUGUCACAGAGGAUGGCACGGUGGAGAUCGAAAAUGAUGCAGAAGAGUUUGGAGGACAUGGUGCUCCAGGUGAUGAGUCGCCAUCUGAAAUCAUUACCUUUGCAGAGCCAGUUGAUGUUCCAGAUACGGUAAAGUUUGACAUCUCGAAGGAGAGUGCCCCACAGUCUGUGGUGGAGCAGGCCAAUGUGUGGAUCUUCCUAAAACUGUCAAAGGGAAGCCACACCAAGGGUAAAGUUUCCCUUCAGCUCCUACAGACCCCGAGUGUGAGCACAAAGUCAAAUCCAGACUCCCAGAAUGAGGUGUUGGUCUCUCAGAAGAUGGUGGAUUCCCGGCGUAGUGGCUGGCACACCCUGUCUGUCGGAGCCAGCGUGCAGGCACUGCUGGACAGGGGUGGCGGAGAGCUGCGUCUUCGCGUGUCGUGCCCGUUGUGUGCUGACAUGGGUGCAGUGCCAAUCCUCGGUGAAGGAAAAGGAAAUGAAAACUCACAAUCUCACCGCCCUUUUUUGAUGCUGGUGCUACGCCUGGCUGAGGAACGGCAACACCGUCGCAGCAAGCGUGGCCUUGAGUGUGAAAGCAACAUGCGAGCAUGCUGCAAACGCCACUUCUACGUUAACUUCAAGGACAUCGGAUGGAGCGAUUGGAUCAUCGCGCCCUCAGGUUACCAUGCCAACUACUGCGAGGGUGAGUGCCCAGGCCAUGCUGCUAACAUGGCAGGUACGGCACUUUCCUUCCACUCCACCGUCAUCAACCACUACCGCAUGCGUGGCUACAGCCCAUUUGCAGGGAUCCGGUCGUGCUGCGUUCCCACUCGUCUCCGUGCCAUGUCUAUGUUAUACUACAAUGAAGAGCAAAAGAUCAUCAAAAAGGACAUCCAGAACAUGAUCGUAGAAGAAUGUGGCUGCUCAUAAAAUUAAUACAAAUAAAAACUUAACCACAAAUCUUGUGGAACUGUUCAAAACUGCUUAGCCAAGGUCAAAGCACAUAUGUGGAUUAGCAGCCUAGGCUGGCCCACAAGCAUUUCUCGAACUGUUAUUGUUUUUGACUUGAACACUCUCUGUUCAUGAACUGUUCUAUUCAGGACUCUUGAUUUGAGUGAUUUCUGUGGCACUUUCAUAUAAAUGUAAAAAAAAAAAUGAAAAAGAGGCGUAAUAUAUUUUUGUUAUUUGAAGGGAAAGCGGAAAUAUGAGGGAACAGAUGCAUGGUCAGGAUAAAAAUGUUGUUCCGUGUUCUCUGCGCUGCAAUAAAAAGAAGCAUCUCGGAAAUAUGAACCCGAGGGGAAAAAAAACGAACUAUGCAACUGGUGUUAUUGGAUGUUCAUUUUGUCAUUCAUGUUUUAUGGUUUUUUAUUUUUAAAUUUUCCAACAAAAAAUAGUUGGUUGUAUUUCUGGAAAAAAAAAAAUACUUGAAGAAAAGUAGUUGGACCAACUACUGGAGCCAAACUUAUUAUUUUUCCUUAUCAUUACCUAGAAAUUAUGAAUGUUGACAAAAAGUGAUCAAGAUUUGCACUAAAACAACAUUCUUAUAUGAACCACACAAGAAUACGAUGUACAUUUGGAACUUUAUAUAUAGAAUACCAAAGAUCCUACAUAUUAGCUUUCAGAAUAAUUCCUCACAACGCCCAGCUCGACUGUGGUAUUCGCCCGAUUAGCAACAAUACAAAUACACAGCCAACUAAAAAUAUCAUUGUCAAAUCCAGUUUUCAGUUUUUCUUAGUGUUUCCUAAAUGUACAGUUUUCAUGCAAAUUUAUAGUCCAGGUGAUGAUCCAAUGCCAUGAUCAUACAAACCCACAUCAUGACACCAUGCACCAAGAUAAAAUAUGAACUUUCCAUGAACGAAGAUGACUGAGAAAUAAACCACGAUAUGUUGAAGGAAGGUUUUGGAUGUUGAACAUGUUGACUUUUUAAUGUAUAGAUCUCUAAUGAGGUGACACGAUGCAUUGUUGUAUAAAAUGUGCUUGUUAUGUUUUAUAUCUAAUUUAUUUUGCAGCAUACUCUUUGCUUCACUAUUAAAGCUGAACUGUAAAGGUAA